CGACUAUUGCAUCACCAAGUGUUGAGCUAAAGCAGGAUACUCAACAACCACCAGGCUAUUUCAGGCUUAGGCACUCCUUUUCACAUCAGAUCUUGUCUUACCGAUUGACAAGGCUGCUCUGCUUGCUCUUCUUCAGACCACUUUACUUAACAGUGACCUAACUCACAAGUACCCCUCUUAGCCCUGCCCCGCAGUAGUUCGAGCCUGAGAGACCACCGCCAGGCCAGAGCAAAAACAGAGGGCUACCAUCAUGGAGGACCAGCUGGCUCAGCUGCUGGUCGACACCCAAUCCCCCCAAGAAGGGCCUAGGAAACGUGCUGAACUCGACCUUCUGCAUGCCCAGACGAACCCUGCCUUCCCAAUCGCCCUUGCAGACAUCGCUGCCCACUCCGCCGUCGCGACAGAAAUCCGCCAGGCCGCCUUGUCUUACCUCCGACGCCUCAUCGAGUUCAACUGGGGUGAGGAGGGCGAUGAAGAUGGCGAAGGGCCCCGUAUCCCCAUCCCCGAAUCCACCAAGGAUCAGCUGCGUCCCAAGCUGUUGGAUCUGGCGCUGCGCGACGAGUCCGACCGCAGGGUUAAGUCUGCUGCCAGUUAUGUAGUUGGCAAGAUCGCCAACAGCGACUUUCCCGACAAGUGGCCGACACUCCUCCCUACUCUCCUGAAAGUCAUCCCGACCGGCACCGACGCCCAGCUCUACGGUGCCCUUAAAGUCCUCAGCGACAUCGUCGACGAGAGCCUGACCGAAGACCAAUUCUUCUCCGCUGCCCGCCCCAUCAUCGAUGUCGUCUACAACGUCGCCCUCAGCGAUACUCGAAAGCCGACCCUUCGGGCCCUGGCCGUGCUCGUCUUCCGUGGCUGCUUCGAUCUUAUGGAUAUGGUCAAGGACGAUCAUCCUAAGGAGGUCAAGGGUUUCGCCGAUGAGGCCCUGAAGGGAUGGCUCCCAUUCUUCUCGCAGGUUCUUCAGGUUCAGCUGCCGCCGGUCUCUGAGGAACCCUCUGCGCGCGCGUACCGUAACGGCAUCAUCUCGUUCAAACUUCAGGUCGUGAAGACCCUGAUGAAGGUUAAGAGCGUCUUCCCAACCCUUCUGCUGCCGCAGAGCCUUGCCUUUUUCCAAGCGACGUGGCACGAGCUCUCCCUCCUACAAGACCAGUACCAGGAGCACUUCAUCGACACCACCGGCCAGGGACGACUAGAAGACUCGGAUGGUCUGCCAUAUACCCUCGACUUUUUGAUCCUGGAAGAGCUGGACUUCCUCAACCAGUGCAUGAGGGCCGCACCGGUUCAGAAGGAGCUCGAGGCGCAGCUCAAUGGACGGCCAGCCCAUGAGGCACCUUGGGUCAUAGACCUCAUGAAGUUGCUCGUUGCUUAUAGUCGCAUCACCUGCGAGGAAGAGGAGCUUUGGGACAUUGACGUGUCGCUAUACCUCGCCGAAGAGACCUCGGUGACGGCAAACUACACUGCACGAACCGCCUGUGGUGAUUUGCUGAUCAAGAUUGGGGAGUGGCUGCAUGGCAGGGCUUUGGAAGGUCUCUUCGCAUACACCCAAACACAAUUCACGGGUCAAAACGAUUGGCGCUCGCAAGAGGCAUGUCUGUAUCUGUUCAACAUGCUUCUCAGCGACUUCCAGGAUCGCUCCGAAGCUGUGCCACCAGAGGUUGCCCAGGCACACGUGGAGUUGAUCAACUAUGCCGCAGGUCAAGAGCAGCCUCUGCUCCGGGCUCGAGGCUUCAUUGUCGCCGGCACACUGUCCCAAGGUUUUGCGCCCGCCAAUACAUUACUCGACCGGACGAUUCAGUCCAUCGGCAGCGAUAGCUCUGAGCUCGUCCAGGUUGCCUGUAUCAAGAGCGUGGAGAGUUUCGUCACCUCUGGCAACGUGCCUGGCGACCGUCAAGCGCCCAUGCUCGUUGCUAUCAACAGCUUUCUUGACGGCAAGGAUAUGACUGAACUGGAAGAUGCUGAUGAUUUGCUGGUCACCCUCGCCGAGGCUCUCAGAGCUGUCAUCAGUAUCGACCCGCGCAUUACCAUCGCGUCAGAGAUCAAGUCGGUCGACUCGCUAUUCUUGAUCGCCAAACAUGGCGCUUCUAAUUUCCAAGUCACCUUCAUGGUCGUCGAGGCUUUUGAAGACCUUGUCUCGACCCUGUCGGAUCCGACAUCUUAUGCGGCCCUGUGCGCCAAGGUUCUGCCCACGAUCGCUGGCGCCUUCAAUGUCGCAGACAUGACCCAGGACGAUCCUCUGCUCACCUUGGCGUGCGAGCUCCUUGUACCGCUGGUGCAAAAUGGCUCUGAACCUCUUCCCGCUGGUUUUGUUGCGGCAACCCUCCCGAAACUGAAGAACCUGCUGCUUCAGUCUCCCGAGGGCGAAGUCUUGCGGCCAGGUGCAGAGGCCAUCAAGUACAUGCUCAUGCACGACCACCACCAGGUGCUCGGCUGGCAUGACGAGAACGGCCAGUCUGGAUUGGAGACCUGCCUCCUUAUCGUGGACCGCCUCCUUGGGCCCAACAUCGAGGAUAACGCCGCAUCAGAGGUCGGGGGGCUCGCAGCAGAGCUUGUGGAGAAGGCCGGACCGGAGCGUCUGGGACCUUACCUGGAGAAGCUCCUGCAAGCAGUUGCUAAUCGUCUCGCAACCGCAGAGGCUGCUGCUUUCAUCCAGUCCCUCAUCAGUGUCUUCGCGCGCUUGUCACUGGUCCAGGCCGGUGAUGUGGUCCAGUUCCUCAGCACUAUCGAUAUCAACGGCCAGAAUGGCUUGCAGGUUGUCAUGAGCAAGUGGCUAGAGAACUCUGUCAGUUUUGCGGGAUAUGAUGACAUCCGUCAGAAUGUUAUUGCCCUGUCGAAGCUCUACUCUCUCAACGACCAGCGCCUGGCCCAGAUACAAGUAAAGGGCGACAUGAUCAUUCAGCCGGGCAACGGGCGCAUCAUGACACGGUCGCGAGCCAAGCAAAACCCAGAUCAGUACAGCUCGAUCCCGGCGACUCUGAAGAUCCUUAAGGUGCUGAUCGAAGAGCUUCUGUCGGCCUCGGGCGUCCAGGGCGCAGCGAAUGCUGCCGCCGCCGCCGCCGCCGCCGAUUUUGCCGACGCAGACGAGGAUGACGGCGAUGAAGGCUGGGAAGAUGAGCCUGAUAUGGUGAACCCUUCACAUGCAGCUCUGAUGUCGAUGCUGGACAGCGGUGGCAACCGUACGCGCGACGACGAGACCCAGCAGUAUCUGUCUGAAUUCUUUGUGCGAGCCGCACAAGACAACAUCGCAGACUUCCAGCACUGGUACGCACUGCUCACGGAGGACGAGCACAAGAAGCUGAAUGAGCUGGCCAGCAGCUCCUGAGAGGAUGCCCUGGCCCCUUCUUGGGCCAGGGGACUCGAUUCAACACGCUGGUUGAAGGAAGUUCCACAGCAUUUUUCCUGCGGCACGCACGUCGGAGAGGCUUGGCUCUGGACGACGAUACGAUGAAUUUUCCGACCACAAUAGUAGUAGAAGCAGUUGGCCUUUUGUUUCUUUUCACCCUGUCGAUACCUAUACUACAUGCACACACAGAGUUGGAUUGUCUGGGGCGGACGACGGUGUAGGGUCAGAACCUAUACAUGCUCCCCACACGUCCAACAAUCUGAUUUACACACACACACACACACACACAUAUAUAUAUAUAUAUAUAUAUGAGGAACAAGCAAAUUUGGCCUUUGUUUCCCACAGAGGGUAACAAAGUAGAUAGACCUUUCAACAACCCCGACGAUCAUAUGACUACUCGCCAUUUUCGUAUAUGUUGCGAACGUUGAAGGCAUGUCAUUUCACCU